GGAAACCCUAACGAGAGCGGCAACGGAGCCAGGUUUCCGACAGUGGCUGGCUGCGGCGGGCGGUGUGGGGGGGUUGCCGCGGCGUUCACCCUCGCCGCGCCAAGCUGGAUACGCGGCUAGAGCCACACACUGUUCGCAUCCGUUCCACAUGGCCUAUUCGGGCACGGAAGGAGACGGGCCGCUGUUUGAGGCGACAACGUUAUUCCACCGCGCCGCAGGGCCGACGCACCGAGCAACAAACACCCCGUGCUCCUGUCGAAAACGCCCGACGAGUCGCACCCUGCUUGUUUCUGCGCCCCUAACGCAGCAGCGCAGCGUCGACUACGCCACUGCGACGAACAUCGGUGCACCGCGCACUACGCUUUUGCUUCUCAGACGGCCCGCAUCCACGUCAGCCCUGGCGGUGCUCAUGGAGAACCUGCUGCUCUGGUUCAUUCUACUAAUCGUCAUAGCCGCGUGCGGCAUAUUUGGCCUCUGGCUGCUCUGCAACGUGCGCUCCUACCUCGGCAACAACGGCAGCAGCAGCAACCAAAUGACGCACCCGCUGUUCGCCGACGAACAGCAGCAGCCGCAGUCGCCGUGCAUGGAUCCCCGCCAGCAGCACCAUCACCACUGGCGUCCGGAAGAACCGCCGCAGCCGUAUCCACAGCCGAUGCCGCAGCCACAGCCGAAGCAACAGCCGCAGCCGCUGACACCUCUGCACGAUCAGCAGCAGCAGCAGCGUAACGGGUACCCGUUCCACCCGUACUACAUCGAGCCGCCGAUCGAUUACACGCCGCCUCCAACGGUGGAACCACCGCGAAAGCACACCGUAUACACGCAGACCUACCAGACGUACGCCAAGAAAAAGACCGUCAAGAUAGAAGAUCAGAGGAGCUCAAGUUCUCCCAACUGAGAGCAUCAUUCUGAGCGAGCGGGCAAGUUGUGAAGGGACCGAGAAAGCAAUCAAAACUGUGUCAAGGCAGCACAGUGACAGUGACACUUGAAACACAAGUGGUCGCACAGUUGCAGCAUUUCUCUGUGGUUGAAGUGCCACGUUUCAGAGACGUCACGUCAGUGCAAUCAUUGACACGCUCAAAUAGUAUGUUCUUUUCGCCGAAUGUCACACCGGCUGUUUCUUUCGUGGAGCGCUGACCUGCAGUAGUCACGUAUAGCCAACAUCAAGACCACCUCGAGCAUGUCGAGGAACGACGGGACUUCCCAAGUGUUUGAACAGUUGCACAGACGACUUCAACGCGGUGUGCAGUGUCGCAGUGAUUAGGAACUCGAACUCGUCACUAGCCCACGGCGGCCAACUCGCAAGGUCAUGCUGCCACUCCUUUUUUUUUUUUUACUCACGAAUUAACGACCGCGCUGACAAAUAGUUAUACUAGUUAUAACUCCACAAGUUAAGCUGCGCCAUCAAGUAUCUGUCGGGCACGCUCCACCACAGCAGGAAUUAUUAGGAAGGAGAACAUUUCAGGGUGUGGCCCAACUCUCUAACCUCCUCAAUAAAUUUUUCAUGCGAAAAGGCAUAAACUCUUUCAAUUCCUGCCUUGGUGCGUCGUAAUGGCGGCAUUCGAUGGGAGAGGGCUGAAUCGUAUGCAUCGGAGCUGCGGAAUAGCACCUCCGGAGUUGGAAUGAUUCCGCAAUUAUUACGCAUUUCCAAACUCCAUGCAUGGAAUGGGAGUGGAAUGGUGGCACCAAUCGGACGGGUGCAAUGCAUGGGAAUGGAAUCGGAGCCCGAGACUCCGGAAUGGAUCGAACUGGAAUGGAAUGGGCGCAUCGUCCUGGAGCGCUGAAUAUUGAUUUUAAGCGAGACCACAAAACUGCUAAAUUUGCCAAUUCGACUAAACCUGACUUCGUCAAUUUAUUGCCCUUCUAAAGUUUUGCUCGUUACCGGCUCUUUCAGUAUCUGCCUAUAAGUUACUACCUUUGCAAUGAUAAUUAUAAAGAAUGUAUUGCCAUUAUACACCUCUCAAGAUCUGGAAACCUAUUCUUAGCUACAAGGUUGAAGCGCA